GGGCAACCUAUUCUGGAAAGCAAGAGGGUUACAGAAUUUUCGGAAUCGUAUCUGAUUGAGAGGGCUGCGUCAGCAUGUACCGCCAGUAAGCACCGACCGCGAGCGGCUUCAUCCAUCUCAGCGGGGGCGGCCUCACGUGAAGACACCAACUCUGUGCCAUCGGAAAUAGGAUCUCCACAAGGCGGAGAAGUAGAUGGAGAAACGACGGCGGGGCUGACGCAGCGUUUCAUGGGUGCUGAGGAUGAUGAUAGUUCUUCGCCUCUUACGUCGAUGUCGGAUAUAUCUGAAGAUGAGCAAGAAGAGAGUAAUCUUGGGACGUUGGUUUCGGCUGAAUUUUCAGGCCCUUCGUCUACGGCAAUAUCGAUGAGCGAAACGCCAGCGACGGGCGAUAUUGACGCAGGGACAUUCACUGCAGCGACUGCAAUAAGAGGGAGCGAGAGCGCUGUAUCGAUCAGUAAUCUACUGGGCACCACAACGGCAGGCGGCGCGAUAUCAUCUUCGUCGUCGUUUAUAUCUUCGAAUCUGCCACCUCCACCAGGACCAGCGACGAAGCGAGCACAAAAAUACAGGGACUUCCAGCAUCAAUUGGUAAAACGAAGUCAGAUAUGGCCGGUGUUCACUCCGACGGCAAACCGGCCCAGCGCAGCCCUGCUGAACUACUUUCCGGACCACGUCUUCGGACCCGAAGCGCAUUACGAGGUGCCGCAUGUGAUCGUUGUCGAGCCGUCGCAGUAUGAUUCGUAUUUUGCACUUUUUCCGGAGCACGUUUUUCUUGUGCUGGAUCGGGAUGGCCAGGGUGUCGGAUACAGCCGUUUCAUCAUCCAGCUCUUUGCCACAGCCGCAAUGAUAUCGGUACCAUUUACGGACCAGAACUAUGGCAAAGAGUUGACGAAUGUCGAAAGUCCCUUUUUCACAACGUCCUCGUCUUCUGGUGCUGACAAAAGUGCGUUUGAUUCUUCGGACGAUAGCGAAAAAAUUCGCAAGACAACUGCAGCUUCAAUCUUUUUCAAGGAUCCAAAAAUUCUGCAGAAAGUGGUCAGUGCACUGACAAAGAGCUGCCCUCGAGCAGACGGGUAUUCCGCUGCGACACCUGCGACGUUGACACUAGGUCCCGUCGCCUGGGCGUCCCGCUGUAUCUGGGUCAUUGACGACUUGCUUGUGAGAUUCUACAGCAAGGAUCGCGCUUCGGCUAGGCUCGUGAAGUUGCACAAGAGGGCUCAGCCAGAUGCGGCCCUGGAAGUUCCCGAUGCCAUCAAGCAACUCAAAAAAGAAGAAACCCAUUUGCAGGGCAGACAGCGGGCUACGUGGAGAGAGGCACUACUCGAGUUGCAGCGCUAUUCUAACCUGGAGAACACUCAUUUCGGGGGCUUCCUCCGUGACAAUGGGGCGGUAAGCUUCAAGAGGGUGCUGCAAACGUUCAACACGAACACGUUCAAAAUCUACAAAUAUGGCGGCCGGAUUUCCAAGACUCACAAUGCACAAGUUGAUCAUGUAGUGAAGGUGUGAAUAGAACUCAUACAAAUCUUAAGAUAUCUUGCAACCAUGAUGUUCUUUUUGUGGUUGCAAAUCGAUAAUCCUCCCAAAACCGCGGUUCACUAGAAAAGCAAUAAAAGUCAAAGUGUUACUUGUACAAUGGCCAUGCUCUAUGUGAAACUACUCGCUGCAACUACCUCUAAUCGCUGGCGAUCCUUCUCAAUAUUGAGUUGUUACGUGAGAAGUCGCUCUUCUAUAUUCCGUACGUACGUCGCUGGGAGGAUAUCGCGUUCAUGAUCCGUCUGAUUCGGGAGAAUGCGGUAUCAGUGAAGGUGCAGAGCUACUUCUACGUCGCGUCACGGCAUUCACGUGGAGGCUGCGCCGACCAGCGGAGCAAACCCUAUGAAGAACGAUAGACCCACCUACAUUUGGACGCUGUGAUAGCACACUUUGCUUAAGUAGAAAUGCUGCGAGAUCUUCACGAACUUAGUUGCAAUUUCACUAGGAUUGAUGUGUUUAGAAAAAGUACAGAUUAUCCUCGAUGAAUGCAGCUGCACAUCAAUGUGGAGAUAGAGGUAGAGCAGAUGCAUUGCUUUGCUUGCAUGAUAGAGUUCGUUUCCAUCACUUCUAACGAAUCAAAUAUACUUGGCAGAGCGCGAGCGACGCAGUGGAGAAGGGCAUCUGCAUGGACGACUUGAUCCACCCACAAGACUACAAAAAAUUGGCACCAGUAGAGCAGGACAUCCUGCAGAAAGUGGUGGGUUGGGUCCAGGGGAAGGAGAGUCGUUUCCUUCUGACUGGCGUCCACGCUUGUGGCGUAAAAGAGUCUGCAUUUCUUCGUCACAGAGAAGCUGCAGCCGGCGCAGCUCCGUUACCAGGCAGCGACUCUUUUUCCGAUGACGAGGGUGCGCCAGUGAGGAAAACGCUGCUCCCUGAGGUGCGCGCUCGGGCGGGGGUAAAAUAAUGGCGGAGGUAAGCCCCGGGCAGAGUUUUCGCAAGGGGGCGGCCCUGAUGCUGCUCCUCGUGGAUUCACUCAUUCUUGUAAUGAUUUGGAAAACACCAUAACCGAGUCUAGACAAAAGCACCAACACCAAGUGCUUCACUUUUGGGUUUUUGGGUCUCUCUCUCGUUUUAUUUUUCUGCAUGACAUAAGUUGCUGCUGCUCUUAAAGAUUUGCUGUCUCACUUCGAAAAGUGUCCUCUGCUAUGUGUCCUCCUUUUGCAUGACUGCACUGCAUGACUGAAGCUAAACCAGAAACGAGAUGAUGUUUUCAGAGGUAUGCAAUGAGCGAGAAGGACGUGGUAGAUGUGCACUUUCCUGUUCAGGAUAUGUUAUGUACUUAGUCCUCUUUCUUAUUCUUAGAAGAAGAUGAGAAACAAAACUGUAGAGCGAUCCGGUGAAAGUAACUCAACAUGUGUUUUCGACGCGGAACGAAUAACGUACUUUUCAGGCUUCUUGCGCACGGGAUGGAAAUGGUGGAGCAGUAGGUAUCACAGCAUGAAUGAAAAUUCCAAAGGCCCUCAGCAACGUGAC